UUGAGUGCAGCUUGUUUGAUUUUGCAGGGAUAGUCAUCUGCAGUUUGUACCGAGAAAAACUUGUUAUUUCUGGUUUUGCAGGGCGGAAGAUUUAACAGUUUGUCCAAAGAUUCCAGCUUUACAAUGCGAAACAGCUCAGACAGGUGGCAGAGUUUCCAGCAGAAGCAGCAGCAGUGCGCCACAGUCCCUGAAAUGCACAGCUCCUCCACAAAUUCACUGCCACACUAACGAGAGUUGGAGAGCAAAUCCGGCCCAGGAAGGCUGAGCUGACGGAGGAGCACCGCAGGCCGCUCUGAAUGUGAGGUGGAAACCCGAGGCAGGAAGAGAUGAGGAGAAAUCGGAGAAAAGGAGGCAACAAAGAGAAGGUGUUUGGAUGUGAUCUGCUGGAGCAUCUCACCACCUCCAAUCAGGAGAUUCCUCUGGUGCUGCGAUCCUGCAGCGAGUUUGUGGAGCAACAUGGGAUCGUGGAUGGAAUCUACCGUUUGUCUGGAGUUUCGUCCAACAUCCAGAAACUACGGGGCGAGUUUGAGAGCGACGGCUCUGCAGAUCUGAACAAAGAUGUGUAUCUGCAGGACAUCCACUGCGUCAGCUCUCUGUGCAAAGCUUAUUUCAGAGAGCUGCCCAACCCUCUGCUCACAUACCAGCUGUAUGACAAGUUUGCUGAGGCGGUGGCCAUCCAGCUGGAGGAGGAGAGGCUGGUAAAGAUCAGGGAUGUGCUGAAGGAACUGCCAGAUCCUCAUUACAGGACUCUGGAGUUUCUGAUGCGUCACCUGGUCAAGAUGGCUUCCUAUUCCUCAGAGACCAACAUGCACGCUCGCAACCUGGCCAUCGUCUGGGCCCCCAACCUGCUCAGGUCCAAGGACAUCGAGGCGUCUGGAUUCAACGGUACCGCGGCCUUCAUGGAGGUCCGGGUCCAGUCCAUCGUGGUGGAGUUCGUCCUCACUCACGUCCCUCAGCUGUUUCCUCUCGAAGGCACACCGACAGAGAGGAGGAAGUCCCUCCCCUCGCCGUCAGCGCUGCCCAAUCAGGAGCUUGUGUUCUUCAGGUCUCAGCCUAACUUUGGGAACAUUAGUCCAGGCGAUGGCCCCCUUCCCAUUAGACCCUACCACGCAAUCAUUGAAGGCACAGACAAGAGGAAAGGAUCGCUCAAAGGCAGGAAGUGGAUGUCCAUUUUCAACAUUGGAGGACGAUUCCCAGACCCGCGACGGAAACACAAACACUCUGCCAAGGAAAAGGACAGAACAUCUUUAAGACCUGCAAGAAGCAUGGACUCCCUCAGCACACCGUCUUACCCAAAUGAAGGUUCCAGGCGGUCCGGGCCGCGUCCUCCAUCCACCAACUUGUCCCCUCCGGCCGCCAGCCUGUCUGCACCUGGCUCAGACUCCGCAGCGCCCGCCUGCGGGUUAGGAAGCAGCGAAUAUGCCGUGACCUACCGCAGAGGAACGGGCUUAGUGAGCGGAGGAGCAGGCACCCAGGGGACCUACACGGCUCUGGACCCAGAGGGUUUAGCAGUGCCAGGCAGCGAGGGCGUCCAGACCAGGUCUCCAGGACUCUCCAACAAAGCCAGACGGGCGGCUAUGCACAUCACCGGCCCCACCAUGGUCACUGUGCCGCUACAUAUCACCUCUAACCUGGCGCUGGGGGUUCUUCAAGGAGGUGGCGCUGACAGGGUCAUCAUCCGGGGACGAGACAAAGACGGAGGGGACAAGCAGGACGUCAAGGAGCCAGGGGGAAAGAUCGAGAUCAAGGAGCCAAAAUUAAUGGAGUGGAACGUGGAAGAGAGCAAAAAUGUUGAAGAAAAGGACAGGAGUGAAAUUGAAAAGGAAGAUUUGGACACAGAGGGACAUAAAGGGGCACCAGAAGUUUCUGAGGAGGAGAGGAAUGAAGGAGGAGAAGAGAAAAAAGGUGAGGAGCUAAGAAAAGAUUGUGAACUCAAGGAGACGGGAGACCAACAUGCACCAAGAGAAAAACGAGUGAAAAGCCACAACUCCAGCACAGAGGAAGACAUUCACGAAAACAUGGAGGAUGAAGACAAAGACAGUGAAUACAUGGAAAUGAAGGGAUCAGAGCUGAACUGUCAGCAGGCGGCUGCAGCCUCGCAGCAUGAAGACGACAGCGUUUCUGAUUCUGAUGAUUUUCUAAACUCGACCGAAGCCGAGGAAGAUAACCGCAAGCUGUCAGGCUACAUCCAGGACAACUUUGAGUUCCUGGACCAGAUGGACUGCAGCGCCAUGGACCACAUGGACUGCAGUGCGUCCUAUCAGGUUAACGAGUUCUCUGUGGAGCCUCCUGGUCACUCUUAUGACGAGUAUGAAAUCAUGGCUCAAGUCGAGAGGCUGACGCUGAGUGUGACCGAGGCGACUCCACACAGACCGCUCAGCCUCGACCUGAACAGUCGACACACCAAAUCCCUCAGCUUGCCCUACAUGACGUCACCCAUACGCGGACCGGAGGAGCAGUCCUCUUCUGACGACGUUUCAGAAGAUGAAGGCGAUGAAGAGGAUUACAGCAGCGACGAAGAUGAGAGCAUGUUUGUCAAGAGCCUGCCGCCGGACUUCUUCUUGAGCAAUCUGUCUGGGCUUGAAUCAGACAAGCAGGACUGUUCCGGCCCGGACAGGCGUCUGGUUCAGGAGCUGCAGAGGCCUGAAGGAGAAAGCUGCGAAACGGCGGAUGUUGAACUUUCUGUUUGUAAAGAAACAACUGAGCUUGGGGAGGAAAACACCGGAAACGAUGAGGAAAAGCAAGAGACAGAAAAGGAGGAAGAGGAGGAAUCUUGUCAAGGAGAUCAGCUUGAUGAGGACACACAGAGGACAACAGAUGAAUCUGCAGGCGCUGCAGAGUCCAGUGAAAGUGAAAAAUGUCCAACUGCAGAAGCAUCAACAAGCUGCUGUGAUCAGCUUCAGGAAACCGACGGGCCGACCGGAGCCAAAGCCGAGGAUGGGGAAGAGGUUCUGGAAGAGGUUCUGGAUGAGCCUGGAGACGAUUCUCUUUUGACAACAAUAGAUAAUACGUCAAAAGACAAUGAAGGACAAGUUAGUGAGGAGGACAAUGCAAACAGCAGGACAAAUAGUGACAUUUGGAGUGAGCUUGAGGAUGUUGUUUGUGAAGUGAUUGAGGAUGAGGAGAGUGAGCAGUCUAUGAGGAAAGCUUCUCCAGAGGAAGAUGUCGAAGCAGACGGAGAAGUGGAGGAGGAAGACAUGAUGAAGACAGAGGCGUUAUCACCGGAGCCAAAUGUAGAGAAACCUUCAGAUGAGGAGAGAAACGAGUUAAAUCAAGAAGCUCAGCAUCAAAACAGAGAAGACGCGGUUUCCGAAGAGACAGAAAAGGAGAAGGAAGACAGAGCAGAAAGCAGAACACAACCGAGCGCCGAUAAACAGCCAGUGAUCUUGUCUGAUAUUAGGGACUCAAAGGAAGAAAGUAAUCCUGCAAACAGCAGUGGCAGCCCAGGAGGCGUUGGGAGGAAGCUGGUCGUCUCCAAGCAGCCUAAGGUUUAUCAGGUCAAAGCGGUGCCGGUCGUUCCCCCGAAGCCUCAGCACUGCAAAAUCACCGCGCUGACCCUCCGUCAGCAGCAGCAAGAAAGAGAGAGGAGAGACAAUGCUCUGAAGGAGCGGGACGGAGACGGGGACAGCGAGGCCGCCGAGAAAAAGGACAGGCCGUCAAUGCUCAGAGAGAAGAGGAGGGACGGCCUGGACGCGGCGGUGAGGGACACGAAGAGGAACAGCCCGCUCAGCAUGUGCUUCGACGAGGCGGUGGCCAUCGCAACGCUGAGGCGGGAGAAAGAGCGAGGAAGAGAAGGAGAGGCUGAACCAGAGGGAAAAUGAAGGACAGUAGCUGGGUCUCCAUCACAAACGUGUUACAAAACUUUGUCGACAUUUCGCUUGUGUGGAAAGAAACAAAAUUUCACAAUUGCGUUUUCAUUAAAUAAGAAAAACAAUUAAAAUCACGUGAAUACUUUUGUUCACGUAAUAAGUCCUGAAAAGCCACAGCAGUUAUGUGAUGUAAACAGUAACUGGAGAUUAUAUUCAUAACUCAGCCACCAGCGCUCAUUGCCUUCAGAGGAGACGUCAACGUCUUAUUCAGGCGUUGGAGCGACAAGUCUUUUAUAUUUAAGAACAGCUUUUUGGGGAAAAUGUAGCUGCAGAUUUUAGCUCCAGAUUCAAUAAGUCUGAAUGACAAACUCAUCUUUUUAUAAACUGUGAGAGCUUUGUUCGAGCCAGCUGGACAUUGUCAGAAUAAAACAAAUCUUUAUCCUCCUAUCACUUCCUGUCAUCUUCUUUGGCAUUUCCAACAGUAGUAAGAUCCAGCUGUCGAUCACAUGAUCCCUGUGAUACAAAAAAUGUAUUCCAUGGCAGAUUUUUAAAUUACCUCCCUUUUGAUAUGACUUAAAAAAACACCUGAUUCUAGCACAGAAAUUAGAAAUUUUUUCAAGUUUUCUGCGUUUCCAUGAACCGGAUUUUAAAAAUCCAAGUUUGCCCAAAUGCACUAUUAAUGGAAACACAGCGAGUGAAGGAGAUGCUUCAGAUUCAGCUCGCAAUGUUCACCAGGCUCUCUCCUCAAACGAAAAUAAAACUGUAUCAUUGUUUUAUUUUGUGAUUGCUGCCAUUUUUGUCAUCAUUGUUAAUAUUUAGUUUUAUUGGUUUACAAGCAUCAUAGUAGCUCUGUUGUCCUUAUUAAAAGAAAAACAUUUUACAAGGUCACACACCACCCUUUGCAGUUAUUGCCCCCCCAGUAAAGAUGUGUAAAAAGCUACCACCAUAUGUUUUAGUGGUAAAAUCUCACCAAAAUAUUUGACUCAACUCAUUUUUCAGUGGAAAAAUGCACCUAAACAUCUGUAUAAUCAAAUGUUUAGGUGACCCUUGGUGACCCCAGUAUGCCACUUUGUGGAGACUUUAUUCAUCCUCCAUCACCGGCCUCCUCACUGGAAAGAACAAUGUGGGUUCCAGCUGUUUUGCAACGAGAAGCUACUUAUUUUCUCAUUUGUAUACCGACUUCCCUAACUUUAAUGAUAUAUUUCCUCCUCUUUUGAAAAACGCCUAAUAGAAAUCGGCCACUGUGUCACGUUACACUUCCACCCCAGAACUAGGAACAACUUAAAAAUAUAGAGAAUAAAUAAAAAGAAAAAAAGUUCUGCUUCAUUUAGGUCACCAUAAUUGUGAAUAACUAACAUGAGAGUUUCAAUCCUACUGAAUAAAUGUGCUAAAGUUAAAAGUGUAUUUUUCUAUUUUCUUCAUUUUCAAUGGUGAGAUUAUGGAACUGAAAUGAAAGAUUAUAAUUUAACUUAAGACUUUAAUCUUUACCAGAUUUUUCUCAUUUUAAUUUUGCAUUCGUCAGACACAAAUGCAAUAAGAUGCAUUUAAAAUAAAAGGUGACAUUCAGCUUGUUAUAAUUAAAUUGAAGAGAUCAUUCUAACUUAAUCCCAGGCCUUAAUAGUUCAAAAUAAAACAUGAAAAAAUAAAAAAAUUGAGGUGGAACGAAGUAUUUAGUGCUGCUCUGACAUCAGACAUUAAACAGAUAAACAGCCUUUAUAUUCUGCAUCUCUGAUGUGUGAUGGUUGUAUAAAAAAAACAUUUCACUUUGUUUACCUGCAUUUUGAUUCUCAAGAUUUAAAGAUUAGUUUUUGAAAGUGGCUCCAUAGCACUUACUGAUUGCACUUAUCUUUGGGUCAGUUGUUUCUAUGCAAAGUUUAUGUACAUGAAUAGUUUAUCUGAAAUUGAUUGACAUGUCUGGCUCGAGGCAUUUGAAUAAAGAGCAUUGUGAAUUAA